AUGGCGCUGAAAUUUCACCAACAGAUUAUAUCGGACCUUCUCGAGGAGUCUAAUGGCGGACUAGUGAUCCUCUCUUCUGGUCUCUCCCUCGCUAAAUUAAUCGCUUCUCUCCUCAUCCUUCACUCUCCUUCCCAAGGAACUCUACUUCUCCUCCUCUCCCCCGCCGCUCAAUCCCUCAAAUCCAGAAUUAUCCAUUAUAUCUCAUCUCUUGACUCUCCUACUCCGACGGAGAUUACCGCUGACCUUCCGGCGAAUCAGCGUUACUCGCUUUACUCCUCCGGCAGCCCUUUCUUCAUCACGCCGCGGAUUCUCAUCGUCGAUCUGUUGACUCAGAGGAUUCCUGUUUCUUCGCUUGCUGGAAUCUUCAUUCUCAAUGCUCAUUCGCUUUCGGAAACUUCCACUGAAGCGUUCAUUGUGCGAAUUGUUAAAUCCCUAAAUGGCUCCGCUUAUGUACGCGCCUUUUCUGAUAAACCGCAGGCUAUGGUCUCCGGUUUCGCCAAGACUGAACGCACCAUGCGUGCUCUCUGCCUCCGAAGACUCCAUCUAUGGCCAAGGUUUCAGUUGGAUGUGUCUCAGGAAUUGGAGAGAGAACCGCCUGAGGUUGUGGAUAUUAGAGUUUCUAUGUCGAACUAUAUGGUAGGAAUACAAAAAGCAAUCAUUGAAGUUAUGGACGCUUGCCUCAAGGAGAUGAAGAAGACUAACAAGGUUGAUGUGGAUGAUUUGACUGUAGAGAGUGGGUUGUUUAAGUCCUUUGAUGAGAUUGUGAGGAGGCAGCUUGACCCAAUUUGGCAUACUCUGGGGAAAAGAACUAAACAGCUUGUUUCUGAUUUGAAGACUUUAAGGAAGCUGCUUGACUAUCUUGUUAGGUAUGAUGCUGUGAGUUUUCUCAAGUUCUUGGAUACACUAAGGGUAUCAGAGAGCUAUCGGUCUGUUUGGUUAUUUGCAGAGUCCAGCUAUAAAAUAUUUGAUUUUGCAAAGAAACGAGUGUAUCGUCUCGUGAAGGCUAGUGAUGUGAAGUCAAAAGAACAUGUUACGAAUAAAAGUGGUAAGAAGAGAAAGUCCAAGGGAGAAAAUGACUCUGUAGAAGCAGUGGGUGGGGAAGCGGCAACAAAUAUGGCUAGUGGCGUUUUUAUUGAAGAAGUUCUGGAAGAGGCACCAAAAUGGAAAGUCUUACGUGAGAUUUUAGAAGAGACACAAGAAGAAAGACAAAAGCAGGCUUAUUCUGAGGAAGACAACAGUGAUAACAAUGGAAUCGUUCUUGUCGCUUGCAAAGAUGAACGGUCCUGCAUGCAGCUUGAAGAUUGUAUCACAAACAAUCCACAGAAGGUAAUGCGGGAAGAAUGGGAAAUGUACCUGCUGAGCAAAAUUGAGCUCCGCAGUAUGCAGACACCACAAAAGAAGAAACAAAAGACUCCCAAGGGUUUUGGGAUUCUUGAUGGAGUUGUUCCGGUAACUACAAUACAGAACUCGGAAGGUAGCAGUGUUGGCAGACAAGAGCAUGAGGCUCUUAUGGCUGCUGCUUCUUCUAUUCGCAAGCUAAGAAAGACAACAGAUAUGGCUUCUGGAAAUAACAACCCAGAGCCUCAUGUUGAUAAGGCUCCAUGUACCAAAGGAAAAGCUAAAAAGGAUUCAACAAGUCUCAGAAGAUCCAUAAGAAGUUGCAAUAAGAAAACGGUGAAUAGUAAACCUGAAAUCUUAACAGGCCUAGAGAAUGAAGAAAAAGCUAGUGAGGCUAGCACAUCAGUCCCCCAAGAAGCCAAUGCUGCUCACCCCAGUGAUGCUAAAAAGAUACCGCCUGUGCAUUUUUAUGCUUUAGAAAGCGAUCAACCUAUACUAGAUAUCUUGAAACCCUCUGUGAUCAUUGUCUACCAUCCUGACAUGGGUUUUGUCAGAGAACUUGAGGUCUACAAAGCAGAGAACCCUCUAAGAAAGCUGAAAAUUUAUUUUCUUUUCUAUGAUGAGUCCACAGAAGUGCAGAAGUUUGAAGCAAGCAUACGUCGGGAAAAUGGAGCCUUUGAAUCAUUGAUCAGGCAAAAGUCUUCGAUGAUGAUUCCCGUUGAUCAGGAUGGGAUCUGCUUGGGGUCGAAUUCAUCUACAGAGUUUCCAGCGUCAAGUACUCAAAACUCAUUAACCAGAAAAGCAGGCGGAAGAAAGGAAUUGGAGAAAGAGACACAGGUAAUAGUUGACAUGAGGGAAUUCAUGAGCAGCCUACCAAAUGUUCUUCACCAAAAAGGCAUGAAGAUAAUACCAGUUACACUAGAGGUGGGUGACUAUAUCCUAUCUCCUUCAAUCUGCGUGGAGAGAAAGAGCAUUCAAGAUCUUUUCCAGAGCUUCACAUCAGGUCGUUUAUUCCACCAAGUCGAAAUGAUGUCCCGUUAUUACAGAAUACCGGUUCUUCUCAUUGAGUUCUCUCAAGACAAAAGCUUCUCCUUUCAGUCUGCGAGUGAUAUAUCAGAUGACGUGGCUCCAUAUAACAUCAUAUCAAAACUAUCGUUACUAGUUCUGCAUUUUCCUCGGCUAAGGAUAUUAUGGUCUCGAAGUCUACAUGCAACCGCAGAAAUCUUCACUACCUUAAAAUCCAACCAAGACGAGCCAGAUGAGAGCCGAGCAAUAAGAGUUGGUGUGCCUUCAGAAGAAGGUAUCAUAGAAAAUGACAUCAGAGCUGAAAACUAUAACACAUCAGCGGUAGAGUUUCUGAGAAGGCUUCCUGGAGUUUCAGACGCGAAUUACAGAUCGAUUAUGGAGAAAUGUAAGAGUUUGGCUGAGCUCGCGUCUAUGCCUGUGGAGACAUUAGCAGAACUCAUGGGUGGUCACAAAGUUGCUAAAAGCCUCAGAGAGUUUUUUGACGCUAAGUAUCCUACCUUGCUUUAAAGAAAGAGAGGGAGGUAACACUAUUUAAUUUAGAUGCUCGAUUACAAAGCUGUUUAGUUGUUCUUUCAUGUUCAUCUGUUACAUUUGUUGUAGAUUAGAAGCUUGAUAAGGUUGAUUAAUCUGUUGUAACAAUUACACUAGUUAGCAUACUUUGAAUCUAUUUAAAUCGUAACGAUUGUGUAACACUCUAUGGUAGUUGGAGUGGUAGAAAGUAACAAUUUAAAAUAUUGAAAUA